AAGAGAUCACGUGAGCGGAUAUUGAUCGAAGUUUCUGAUCAGAGAUUUAUGGUCGUGCUGGAGGGAAGCGUCGAUUAUCCGAAGUUGUGUUCUUAAAUGCUUGAUUUAAAUGUCGGACUGGGAAGAUGAGUACGAUGCGGAUGGUGUGGCGAAUUCAAAGCCGUUAACGUUACCCGUUCAAACUGUAACGUUACCGGUAAAGUCAUUGAGGCCUCCGUCUCCUAGAGGCGCGCGGAGCAGAGAAACCACGAGUGGCGGCGCAAAGUUUGGUGAAGGCGGAGAGCAGUGGAGAAACUGGAGGGACCGAGACUCUGAAUCCAAUGUUUGUGACGGAGCAACAGGUAAAAAUAACAUAUACAGUCGUUUCGGGACUGGACCUACAGGGUGUCGCGUUGGUGGAGACAGAUCAGGCUCAUCACCGACAACUCUCAGUGUGGAAAACUCUUUGGUCGGGAGAAUAAUAGGUCGAGGUGGUGCGAAAAUUCGGGACCUCGAAGAGAGCAGUGGAGCAUCGAUAAAGAUAAACCGUGGUGCACAUGAAGCAGAGGUACUUGUCUUUGGAAGCCGUGAUGCUCAGCUCAAAGCCAAAGACAUGAUUGAAGAUCUGGUGCAUGGGAAUUCUGUCAGAGGUCCUGGAUGUGGCAAUGGUAACAGCAAUGCAGGGUAUCAGAAUGACUCCUGCUGGCCAGCUGCUGCUGUACGAGCUGUGGCUGCAGCUGCCCCAACAGCUGCACCUAUUGACUGGACUGCACUUCGAGAAAAUCGGGACAAAUAUGAAGCUAUGAAAUGGCAAGAUCUUCCCCCUCUCAAGAAGGAUUUCUAUAUUGAAGCAAAAUCAGUGGCAGUUCGCAGUGCAGAAGAAGUCAAAAUCUGGAGAAAGGAGAACAACAACAUCUUCGUGGAUGACUUGAAAGAUGAGGGAAAAAGAACCAUUCCCAACCCAGUGUGCACUUUUGAGGAGGCUUUUGCUCACUAUCCUGGAAUAAUGGAAAACAUUGUCAGAGUGGGAUUUAAAAAGCCAACUCCCAUUCAGUCACAAGCCUGGCCCAUUGUCCUGAAAGGAACAGAUCUGAUUGGAAUAGCCCAGACGGGAACAGGCAAAACUCUGGCCUACCUGCUACCUGGCUUUAUUCAUAUGGAUGAGCAACCUGUACGGAGAGACAGGAGAGAUGGCCCUGGCAUGUUGGUUUUGACUCCCACUCGUGAGCUGGCCCUCCAGAUUGAAGCUGAGUGCAACAAAUACAGCUACAAAGGAUUUAAAAGCAUCUGUAUCUAUGGAGGAGGUGAUCGAAAGGCCCAGAUUAAACUAGUGACCAGUGGUAUCGACAUAGUCAUUGCCACACCAGGACGAUUAAAUGAUCUGCAGAUGAAUGAGCUCAUCAACUUGCGCUCCAUCACCUAUCUGGUGUUGGAUGAAGCUGAUAGAAUGUUGGACAUGGGCUUUGAACCUCAAAUCAUGAAAAUCAUUCUGGAUAUUCGACCUGACAGACAAACUGUUAUGACUAGUGCCACCUGGCCAACAGGUGUCAGGCGGCUGGCCAAAUCCUACCUGAAAGACCCCAUGAUGGUUUAUGUGGGCACCUUAGAUCUAGCGGCAGUAAACACUGUUCAGCAGACAGUUCUGUUCGUGCAGGAGGAAGAAAAGAAAGCCUACGUUUUUGACUUCAUUGACCAAAUGGAGCCUGAGGACAAAGUACUAAUAUUUGUUGGGAAAAAAGUGAAAGCUGAUGACCUCUCCAGUGACCUGUGUCUGCAGGGUGUAGCGGUUCAAUCUCUGCAUGGAGACCGCGAGCAGUGUGACAGAGAAGAGGCACUGCAGGACUUUAGAGAUGGUCGCGUGCGCAUUCUGGUGGCGACUGACCUGGCCUCACGUGGGCUAGACGUUCAUGACAUCACGCAUGUUUUCAACUAUGACUUCCCUCGGAAUGUGGAGGAGUAUGUGCACCGUGUCGGGAGAACUGGGCGAGCAGGGAGGUCCGGUGCAUCUAUAACCCUGGUAACAAGAGAGGACUGGAAAGCAGCUUCUGAGCUGAUCACCAUCCUGGAGAGAUCUGGUCAGGAUGUACCUGAAGAGCUGGUACUAAUGGCUGAACGUUAUGAAAAGCACCAGAGGGAGAAAGCAAUGUUUGCGCCCAGGGGCAGAGGUGGAGGAGGUGGAGGAGGAGGAGGGGGAGGAGGACGGAGAGGUAGUUUCAGAGGAGGCUCAGAUCGGUGGUUCUGAUAGCUUGAAAGGUUGAUGUCACUAUACUUCCUGGAGUUCAUUCAUAAGCUUUUAAAGUGUUGAUCCUCUCUUUUGUAGAGAGCCUGUUAAGUCCUUGUAACUGACCAUUUAAGUUCUGCUAUGUUUAAGAAACCGAUUCAUUUUGCAUGCAUGAUAUAUUUCUUUAAUAUAAUUUUUUUCCACUGUUCAUUUUUUUUUUUUUUUAUUGUUAUCCUACAUUGAUGUGAGGUAAAAUGCCUCCAGUUGUAGAUGAUGUAACAAUCUUGUUCAGCUAAAUCCAUAUCAAAUAAAAGCCUAUAAAACUA